AUGUCACGUUUGAACAAGUUUGCAACCGAAGAAGGCCGCUUGGCCUCGUUCAAAAGCAACUGGACGCUGCCAAAGCACUGCGCCGCCAAUCCUGCAGCGCUCGCCAAAGCCGGCUGGUACAGCAUCUCCACCAAGCAAAAUGAAAAUGCCGCCAAGUGCUUCUCGUGUAGCAAGGAAUUGGAAGGUUGGGAUCCAACGGAUGACCCAGUACAAGAGCACGUCAAACACGCAGGCUAUUGCACAUUUAUCCAACAGUUUGUCAAGACUCUCGCAGAAGAAAAGGAGGGUAUCGCACCGACCGCUGUCCCUCAACCUGCAGCGGCAGCAGCAGCAACAACAAGCACGGCGCCCGCCGCUCCAACAACUGUGGAGGUGCCACGGACGGCAGCACGCAGUCGUGUGGUAAAGAAACCAACAGCAGCUUCCACUCAUACCGAGACGGCGCCUGCACCUGUCACGAAAGCUGUAGAAGCGCCUGCCAGCGUUGCGGCCGCCCCUGCCAAGCCGACAGAGCCUGAAGUCAUGGAGACUCCCCGUGUUUCCAAGACCACCUCUCGCACCAAGCGAACUGUUCCGGCUCCUCGAGAGGACAAGCCCGCGACGGCGGUUGAUUCUGCAUCCAUCGAGAAUCAGAGCGCCAACAACGAAGUUGCAGCUCAGCCACAAAAGACGGAACCAACGGCUACUGUUGCGGCUGCUGCUGUGAUUGCAGCUCCAGAGCCGGCUUCAAGUAGAUUUUCAAAGUUGAACUCAGCGUACACUGAGGAGGAACUCGACCUCACUGUGGAGCAAUACUUGCAACGCUUGACUGGCACCAUUCUCGAGAAAUACGCCGCCGCAGCCGACCGCAAAAUUGAAGAGUUUAAGAAAAGGGCUGCCCAGGCGCGUCAAGAAAUUGAGAGGCUGCAGACAGUGGAUUGUGUAGAUGAGGUGAAGUGA